AUUAAUCUACAGAGUUUUCCUCGCCUUUUUUUUUCAAAUUCUUAAACUAGAGUAAUUUCGCCCGCCCAAACCGCCACAUUACUUGUGUUUUUGAACUAUAGCAGUUGGAGUACUUGACUUCCGUUUUGGUUUCUUCUUCCCAUUAUUCAUUUUGUCCUCUUCUUAGCUCUAAUCUUCAGUCUUGAAGCUACAUCUCAAAACCCUAAUAAAAAAUUCAGAAACUUUGCUUCCAAAUUUGAAUCCAUCCCACAUUUUCUCCUCCCAAAUCUACCAUGGCUACCUCCGAUUCCAAUCCUUCUGCCGCCACAGCUCCCACCCCCUCUCCUGCCGUCCCUCUCUCCGCGAAGAAAGAAAAUGUACCCGUUACUCCUAAGCUUGCGGAAUUGAAUGAAUCGAGGCAAGAGCUGCUCAACAGAAUUCAGAAUUUGAAACAGGAUCUACAAAGUUGGAGGUCUAAGUUGGACACUCAGGUUAAGGUCUACCGUGAUGAGCUUUUAGAACUCAAGAAAUCCCUCAAUGUUGAAGUAGAUCAGCUUCGAUCAGAAUUUCAAGGUUUGAGGACUACUCUGCGGCAGCAACAGGAGGAUGUUACUGCCAGCUUAAAAAACCUUGGGCUUCAGGAUGUUCCUGUGGAAAAUAAAGAGACUGUUGCUCCUAAGAUUGAAGUCAAGGAUGAAAAAGAUCAGGAUUUACCCAAGGAGGAAAAUAAGGAAGAGGUUAAUAGCUAGAUUAUGUUCGGCAUCAUCAUGUCUGUUUCUGAGCUUAUUAGCUCAGACGUGUGAACGCUUGAGUGGCAACUAGUUAUAUUGUCAGGAAGGGUUUCCAGUCAGUUUGUCUAGAAAUUGGUGAAGCUCUCCUCAGAAGUACUUAAAUCCAAUGAACAUACGUCUAGCUGCCUCUCUAGCUAGGCUGUUGUAAUUUGUAUUAUUUUCCCUAUCCAUGUACGAAAUCCUUCAUCAACAAACUAAUAUAUCUCUGAAAGAAAUCGAUUCUAAUUUACUAA